UGAAAUGUUUGGAGAGAAGUGGCUGUGACUCCUGGAUGUGAUUGUGGAUCUGUACAAGGACUGUGGUUUUCCCAGAGAAGGAUUACUCAAGACCACUCCAUUGUUAUGGUGAUGCCUUCUCCGGACAAGAACCUGAUCACUGCCAAGCAAGAGGGCCAUAAAUAUAGGAGAUCACCGAAAAAGAACCUACAAGAGUAAGACAUAUAGAAGAACGAUCCCAGGAUUGUCUUUCUCAUCUCUUCAUUUCCUGGAGCGUCUAGAUCUGAGUUAUAACCGUCUUCGCUGGCUCCCUCAGGACUUCUCUCAGAGUCUGACCUCACUGCAGCAGCUCAGGCUGGACCACAACCUGCUGCAGCACCUGGACUCUGCAUCACUGGCUGAACUUGAAAACCUGAGGAAACUGGACCUCAGUUAUAACCGCAUUUGGAUGAUUGAUGUUAGAGCCUUCAGCAGCUUGUCUCGACUGAUAUUUCUGAACCUGGAGGUCAACCGUCUGAACGUUGUGAGAAACGGCCUCCUGAGCAGACAGCAGAGACUGGAGAAGCUGCUGCUCGGACACAACAACAUCUCAGUGAUCGAGACCGAGGCUCUGGCUCCCCUGAGGAGUCUUACCCAGCUUGGUCUACAGGGAAAUCAGCUGGAGCGAAUCAGGUUCAAGACGUUCCUGAAGCUCCAGACCACCACCACUCAUCUCCUGAUGUCCUCCAACCCAUGGAUCUGUGACUGUGAGCUGCAGCGUGUCUUCAACAAGAUCCAGCAUGUCAGGCGUCUGCGUGUCUACGACUAUGAGGACAUUGUGUGUCACAGUCCUCCUCUGCAGGCCGGGAGCUUCCUUUCUUCUCUGGACAGUCAGCUUUGUGUGGCUGAGACGGCGUCAGUGCUCGUCAUCACCAUCACCGUGAUACUGGCCGUGGUCGGGGCUUUGGUGAAAGCAGAGCACAACAGGAAGAACAACCAGACUGUGAAUGAAGCAGAAUCAGAGAAAGAAGAAAAAUGAUGCAUGAAUUUAUUAAUGAAGACCAGCAAAAAUCUAGGGUCUGUGGGAGCCCGAGGGAAAAAGUCACAGUGGGGCCCCUCUAACCAGCAUUUGACACCCUUAAAGGUCACAUAUUUUACAAAAUACACUUUUUCAGGCAUUUUUUUUUUUUUUUUUUAAAUAUGUGCCCCUGGUCUGUCCACAUUCCCCCAAGAAUUAGAACCCCCCCCCCCCCCUUUUUUUCAGAAAAUGUAUGCUGUAAAAAGGCGUUCUCAGAUUUUCCCCUCAUGAUUUCAUGUUGGGAGUAAGCAUCGCCCCCAGGUUUAAUUGGCCCAACCCACUUGUAAGGAAGUCCCUCCUUCCUUUCCUGAUCAGGACAGCCCAAUAAUACCCAAUUGCAGCCGCGGGUACUGUACAAAUCAUGUCCCCUACAAAACACACCCACUUGUGCUUAGUUUAAGGCUCUCUAUAAAACACGCCUAUUUGUGCUAUUUGCUUAGUUUAAGGUUAACUUAGAUAAGUUUAGAUAGGCCUUAAUUAGCUUUAGGUUAGGUUUAUCAUUUUAAUUUCCACUGGUUAGAUUUAGGGGCAGCUCAUUGGGGUAGGUGUAUAUUUUAAUUAAUUAGCUUCCUGGGGUUAGGUUUAGCAUUUAAAUUCCACUAGUUAGGGUUAGAAUUAAUUUAUUGUAUGGAUUGAAGGGCAGGUUUUGUGCAGAGAGUGGUUUGUAGCGGCUGCAGUUGCAGCUAGACCCUUCUCUGACAGCCACAUCCAUUUCCUGAGAAGGGCGUGGUCAGGGGUGGAGUCAGACAGUUCAUUAACAUUUAAAGCCACAGGCACAGAGACAGCUCAUUCUGAG